AUGAUGAUGAUGCCUCCGAGAAACAAGUGCAAAGAAAGAUCCUCGCCGGAACCGCAAAAGCAACCACCGUCACCAAAACACGACCCUUACAUGCCUUCGUCUUCUUCUUCUUCUCCGGCCGUCGAUAACUUCACUUAUCCGUUUUACCCGCCAGGUCCAGGUGUUAGGUUUGUACCAAACGACGAAGAAAUCAUCUUCAUCUUGAAUUACUGGAGAUCCUUCCCGGAGCAUUUCAUAAACUCACGGCCCAAUCUUCCCGUUCAUCGCGUGAACAUCUACCACUCGAAUCCACAACAACUUUCAGAGGAAUACAAGAAAGGUAAUCUUAAGGAAUGGUUCUUUCUAUCGGAGAGGACCAAGUCGAGUAAUGGUGGAAAAAGGCAGAAACGUAGCGACAAUGGAGGAUAUUGGCAUGCAACCGUAGCUGCCAAGAAGAUUGAAGCUGGAGAUGACGUAGUCGGUUACAAAACCUCACUAGUUUACUACGUCCGGAAACCAUCAAAUGCCGUUAAAACGGAUUGGUUAAUGCAUGAAUACUGGCUUGAGCCUUCCCAAGAUAACCAGACGCGUACGGAGGUGGAUUAUUCUCUAUGCAAGAUUUAUUUGAGUCCGACGGCGAUAAAUAAGAAGAAACAAGAAAGCGUUCAAGACUCAGAAGAGAAGGUUGAGCCGCAUCAACCGCAAGCAGAAGAGCAGCAUCAAUUGCCUUUGUCUUCUUCUUCCCCUUUUCAUCUGCCAGGUUAUCAGUUUGUGCCAAACGACGAAGACAUCAUCUUCAUCUUGUUUAACUGGAAAACCUUCCCUCAAGGCUACAUAAAACCAUGGCUUUAUUUUCCCGUUUAUCACGUGAACAUCUACGAGUCGAAUCCACACCAACUUUCAGUGAAAUACAAGAAGGGUAAUCGUGAGGAAUGGUUCUUUAUGUUUAAGAGGACCAAAACGUGCAAAGGUGGAAAAAGGCAGAGACGUGGCGACAAUGGAGGAGGAUACUGGCAUGCAACAACAGCUACCAAGAAGAUUAAAGCUGGAGAAGAGAUAGUCGGCUACAAAACCGCACUAGCUUACAACAUCGGGAAACCAUCAGACGGCAGAAAAAGGAAUUGGUUAAUGCAUGAAUACUGGCUCGACCCUAAACCUUCCCAAGAGAGCGAUAACGAGACGGUGGAAUGUUGUUUUCUAUGCAAGAUUUAUCUGAGCCCGAUGGCGAAAAGGAAGAAGCAAGAAGAAGGCGUUGAUGCAUCAGAAGAGAAGGUUGAGCAGCCUAGUAAUGUUGCGUUUCAGCUGCCGCAAGUACAACAGAAACAACCUACUAAUGUUGCGUUUCAGCUGCCGCUAGUACAACAGAAACAGCCUACAAAUGCUGCGUUUCAGCAACCGCAAGAACAAGAGCAGCAGCUUAGUAAUGUUGAGUUUCAGCAACCGCAAGAACGAGAGAAGCAGCCAAUUAAUGUUGCGUUUCAGCAACCGCAAGUACAAGAGAAGCAGCCUAGUAAUGUUGCGGAUCAGAAACCGCAUCAACCGGAGUUUUGUCUACCCCCAGUGGAUUCGCUUCAACCGCAAGCAGAAGAGGAGGAGAAAUGGCCUAUGCCGUUUAUUUCUGAUGAGUUGUAUCAGAUGCUCAACGAUCACAACAUCCCAGACGAUGUCGACGGCUUGUUUCCUCCCUACGAUGAUUUAUUUACACCGGAAGAUAGAGCUCGGUUCUUGGAUGAAAUCGCCAGAGAAGCACUACUGAAGAAACCUAACACUUUACUCAACUAA